AAGGCAAUAUAUCCGUUGAAAACAUGUUAUCCAAAACAUCGUUUAGUUUUUAAUUCACAAUCUACAUCGUCUUGUUUAAGAAUGGAGGUGAAACAGAAACAAGAUGAUCCAAAUGAAGAAAAUCUCCCUCCAGUUCUGCAGAACAUUCAAGGAUUGUCGCGCCUGAUUAAUAACAAACCUUUACAGGUGAGUGAAAGGAAGAGAAUUUUGGAAACAGUUCACAAAUUGCACUUGAAAUUGAUUAAGAACGACUCGAUUCAGUCCAGGUUUCGUGCUCCGUUAGCCCCCAAAAGAAAGCUGCCGAUUUGCUAUGUAACAAGACUGAAAAGCGAUGAGAAGAAGUUGUGCAACUUCUGUUGCAAAAUGGUCCUGCCCAAGUACCAAGUGCGUUUCUGGAGCGCAUGGUACCUGUUCUGUGACCUGAAGUGCCUACACCAGGCAUUCCGAGUCUCCCCUGUUAGUUUAAUAGAUUUCCCUUUAGUAGAAUUAUCCAUCUGCAUCUGUUGUCAUAACCAACAGCGGGAGUUCGAUGAUUACAUCACCUGGCAAACGUUACCUUUCUGUAGCAUGAAAUGCGUGUUCACAUUCAGGCAGGUAUUGAUGGAUGCGGGUUGCUCUCAUUGCAAGAAAGCGGUGAACAAUGUGACUAGCGAGGAACAGUUCGUCAGGGUAGGCCCUAAGAUCCAGUUGUACUGCAGCAAAACUUGUUUGAAGGUGGUGGCCAAUCCGUGCAAGUUUUGUCACUCCCUCGAUAUGAAGGGUAAAACUGAAUUCUGCAGCGAACUGUGCCGCCUCAAGCACGCCAAAGCCAUAAACCCCAAGAGUCUAACCGCCACUUGCAUCAGAUGUAACAAAGAAACAUCCGAUUACGUGGAAAUGAACACGAACGACUCGUACGAGCCCCGCUGUGAUCAACUGUGUUUUAUGUUGGCUACCAUCACCCGCCAACUAGAUCUGACGCUCUGUCACGUUUGCAAAGUCUACUACCCGACCAAAGACAUUACGAAGUAUCGCAUGACAUUCGACCAAAUUACCUACAAUUAUUGCAGUGUAGGCUGCCGAAACGUAAUGAUUAAUUUAAAAAAUAAAAUAGUCCAUUGUAUUUGGUGCCUCAGGAUAUUCGGCUCCGCGAAAAUGUUUAGUAAGUUCGCCGGCUUCGAGAUGGCUUACUUUUGCAGCUUAUGCUGCAUGUCUCAGUUUCUGGACGCUACGUGUUCCACAUGUUCGCAAAGAACCACCACGUUUUUUCAUUUGGAACUACCUGAUUAUCAGAACAAACACUUCUGUACCAACAAGUGCAUGCAGAGGUUCCUCAGCUUGCAUCUAACUUCAUUUAAGGAUGAAACAGUGCUGAAGGACAAUUCGAAAACUCCCGAGGCGGGCACGAGCAGGGUCUUGUUGCCCUUAACGUUAAAGCCCAUCAUGAAACUGAACAAUGUCGGUACUAUAUGCACCACAAAAGUCCCACCCAAAGCCACCAACGCUAAAAUUCUGAUUAACAUCAUUCCAGGUAAGAAAAAGAGUUUACCAUCAUCAUCGAAUGCCGCCAACAAUCAGCCAAUAAUUGCUGCCGAACAAACAUUAAUCAAGCCUGAAACAAAAAACGAAAAUGAAUCCAUGAAUAAAGAUUCUACAGAGGCGUCAAAGAAGGUGGUGGCAACGUCAAAAGAUCCAAGUUGGGCAUUUAAUGCGACUUUAGGAAUGAAAGCAUGGUAUAUUUGGAGGAAGGACUUCCGCAAAAGGCACGAAAAGCGUAUCAUUUUCGAGCUAGACAUCCUGAAAUUGACGCCCGCCGAGUUAAUGGACGCUUUGGUUGCAUUCUUAGACUACACUCGCAAACCGGACGGCCUCAUGUAUCAGCCUGAUACGUAUUUAUACUUAAUUUUAGGAAUACGGGAACACUUGUACAAGAACAAGCCGGGGGAGGACAUUUUGAACUACGAACUAUAUACGAAAUUCACUACUUACUUUAAUAACAUCCUGAGAAUCAAACCACCAGAUGAGCAAAUAGUGAAGACUAGAAUCAUUGAGGAUUUUUUCUGGGACAUGAAUAUUUUGGGUACGUCCAAUCCGAUGUCUCUGCUUCGCACAAUGGUUUAUUUCAAUACCAAAUACUUCAAUCUUCAAACGCUGGAGGAUCAUUUGAAUUUAGCCUAUUCGAAUAUAAUACAGUUGGAAGUGGAAAAAGAACAAGCUUUGCGCUAUUUUCCAGAGAAACAACCAAAACUACCCAAAAUCAAAUUUUACGAGAUAAGAACGAUCAAGAAUUCUGCACGAUGUCCAGUAAGAAUUUAUAAAGUUUAUCAGGAGAAAUGUUCGACGGUUGUUAAAACACAGCCAUAUUUUUACCUGAGACCUCAGGAAUCUGGCUUGGAUGACAAAAUUUUUUGGUUCUCUAAUCAGCCCAUUACUAGAGAAGAAUUGGAAUUCAUUAUCAAUUUAUUUAGAUAUACCAAAGAAAUUCUUGUUGCCAAGAAUACUUUUAAAAGAGACUUUUGAUACUGAUAUUUUACAUUAUUUGUUAUUUGUGUUAUUAGAAUAUUUUUUUGACAAUUAAGUAGUUAUAAAUAAAUCUGAACAAAAAUUAA